CCCCUUCGGUUCCAGGCGGGUCAGAGCCAGAGGCCACACCGGAGAACCCCAAAGCGCACUGGUCUCCUCGUCUGAGUCCGGAAGUGGAGCUGGGAGAAAUAGGAGAAGGCAAAAAGGAUGGGCAGCAAGGAAGAUGUGGGCAAGGGGUGUCCAGCUGCCGGUGGCGUCUCCAGCUUCACCAUCCAGUCCAUCCUGGGCGGGGGCCCCUCCGAAGCACCGCGGGAGCCCGCCGGCUGGCCAGCCAGGAAGCGCAGCCUGUCGGUGUCCUCGGAGGAGGAGGAGCCGGACGACGGCUGGAAGGCGCCCGCUUGCUUCUGCCCAGACCCGCACGGCCCCAAGGAGCCAGGCCCCAAGCACCACCCCCACAUCCCUUUUCCUUGCCUGGGUACUCCUAAGGGCAGCGGAGGCGCAGGGCCGGCGAGCUCCGAGCGUUCGCCUUUUCUCUCUCCUUCGCAUCCGGACUUUAAAGAAGAGAAAGAGAGGCUCUUGCCGGCGGGCUCUCCCUUCCCGGGACCGGAGCGGCCGCGGGACGGCGGCGCCGAGCGGCAGGCGGGCGCGGCCAAGAAGAAGACGCGCACCGUCUUCUCGCGCAGCCAGGUGUACCAGCUCGAGUCCACCUUCGAUAUGAAGCGCUACCUGAGCAGCUCGGAGCGUGCGUGUCUCGCCUCCAGCUUGCAGCUCACCGAAACCCAGGUCAAGACUUGGUUCCAGAACCGCCGCAACAAGUGGAAGCGGCAGCUCUCGGCCGAGCUGGAGGCGGCCAACAUGGCGCACGCGUCCGCGCAGACUCUGGUGGGCAUGCCGCUGGUGUUCCGGGACAGCUCGCUGCUGCGCGUGCCGGUGCCACGCUCUCUCGCCUUCCCCGCGCCGCUCUAUUACCCCAGCAGCAACCUCUCGGCCUUACCGCUCUACAACCUCUACAACAAGCUCGACUACUGACCCAUCUGCCCGCGCGCGCCCACUCUCCGGCUCGCCCGGGACCUCUUCGACUGCCCCGGAGCCCGGCGCGGGCUGCACCCUUCACAGACCUCCGGAGUAAAGCGACGUGAUUCCAGAAAUAUUAAGAAAUACACCAUGUGUAUUCAUUAUCUCUUAUUUAUGGCCUCCGCCCUACUUUUUGUUUUGUUUCGGGUAUUUAUCGGUAUUCCUCAAACCAGAUUGCCUGCUUUCUACCCAAAUGAAACCAAUACGCUUAGAAAACCACUUUGGAGAGGGACAUUCUCGGGUGGUGAUGGGAAAAGGAGUUUUGGCCAGAUUGGCUUUGAUUGGUAGAAAAAAAUCAGAAAAAUACCAACGAAACCAGGUAUAUUCUCCCCCCCCCCCAUGUAUACACCUGUACAUAUGUACAUGCACACACGCUCGGCCAAGCCAGGCCCUCAGGGGCUGUGGACAAUGAUCUAAUAAUCUCUUUUCAUUUCCUUCAUCCCGAGGAUGGGUAGGGGCGAAAUGGGGAGAGUUCCGAUCUGUAAAUAUUUUUAAAGCGGAGAAAAAAAAAUAAAACAUUUUAAACAUCGUUGCUAA